GCUCAAUUUCAUACUUUAGAGUUCAGCCAAAAGCUUUUAAAAAAAAACUGAGCAUUUUAUUUCAAAGCUUUCUAGUGAAAGAAAUUCAGAUGGCAGAGAAGAACCAGCAAUUCGCAGUGGCCAACGGCUACUCCAGAAACGAUGCAGAAUCUGCCACAUUGCAAUCCGAGGAGGAGCUGAAACGCCAGAAGAGAAUCAAAAUGGCCAUAUAUAUUAGUAUUUUCGUUGUUUUUCAGAUCAUAGUUAUUACCACAAUGAGUUUGACUGUGAUGAAAGUUAAGACCCCCAAGUUCAGGCUAGGCAGCAACAUCAAUGUCCAAAGCUUCGAAUCUGUCCCCGCAACGCCUUCAUUUGACAUGAAAUUCACAACCCAAAUCAAGAUCAAGAACUCCGCCAACUGGGGUUCCUACAAGUUCAAUGCUGCCAAUGUCACGUUUCAAUACCAAGGCGUGACUGUGGGAGAAAUUGAUAUCGCAAAGGGCAAGGUUGGAUGGCUUUCGACCAUAAAAAGAAAUGCAGAGGUGAGUUUGAGUUCAAGUCUAUUAACUGGUUCAAAUCUUGGAAGUGAAUUGAGCAGCGGGGUGUUGACGCUCAACAGUGUAGGAAGAUUGAAUGGAAAAGUUGCAAUUAUGUUCAUAAUGAAGAAGAAGAAGGCUACCAACAUGAACUGCACCAUAGCUUUUGAUGUGGUAGCCAAGACCCUCAAAUCUUUACAAUGCAAAUGAUCAGCCAGCAUUUAAUUUUCGAAAUGAAGACUAGUUCUUCAUUUGUGAUUCUAUUUUAUUUUAUUUUAUUUCAUUUUUUUCAUUUUGCUGUAUGUUUGAAUCCUUGGAUUUGUUGGCUAUAUAAAAUGGUAUUGAUUCAUUUAUUUUUAA